AUGUAUGGGGAUUGCCAAGUAAUGUCAACCAUGGGAGGUGGGAACGUAGUCACCUCGGAAACCCUCUUUUCUUCGCCGAUCCAAAACCCUAACUUCAACUUCAUGCCUUCCCAGCUCCCUUUCCAACCUUUCUCUUCCAUCAUCAAUCCUAAAGAAGAAAACGGGCUGCUCAUGAGAGGCAAGGAGGAGAUGAUGGAGAGUGGUUCUGGGAGUGAACAAGUUGAAGAAAAGUCUGGAAACGAGCAAGAGGCUGAUCAACUUCAACAGCCUCCUAAGAAGAAACGCUAUCAUCGCCACACUGCUCAUCAGAUCCAAGAAAUGGAGAAUUUGUUUAAGGAGUGUCCUCACCCAGACGACAAGCAGAGGCUAAAACUGAGCCAGGAGCUGGGACUGAAGCCACGCCAGGUCAAGUUCUGGUUCCAAAACCGACGAACUCAAAUGAAGGCACAACAAGACCGGUCGGAUAAUGUGAUGCUUAGAGCAGAAAAUGAUAGCCUGAAGAACGAGAAUUACCGGCUACAGACGGCGCUGCGCAAUAUUAUAUGCCCUAAUUGUGGAGGACCAUCUAUGAUUGCGGACAUUGGCUUGGAUGAACAACAACUUCGACUUGAGAAUGCUCGACUCAGAGAAGAGUUGGAACGAGUAUGUUGUCUGAGUUCACGAUAUACUACUGAACGGCAAAUCCAAACAAUGGCACCUGGAGAUCCUCUCAUGUCAUUAUCCAGCUUGGAUUUGGAUAUGAACAUCUAUUCAAGGCAUUUCCAAGACCCAAUGACUUCUUGUGGGGACAUGAUCCCCAUGCCUUUGUUGCCACCAGAAGUUCCUUCCCACUACAAUGAGGGUGGUGUAUUGUUAGAUGAAGAAAAAACUCUUGCAGUGGAGCUUGCCGCUUCAUCGGUGGAUGAACUUGUUAAGAUGUGCCAUGCUGGUGAGCCUCUUUGGAUCCGGAACAGUGAAAUUGGGAAGGAAGUGCUUAAUGUUAAAGAAUAUACCCGGAUGUUCCCACCGUGGCCUUUGAACCUCAAGCACCACUCAAGUGAUCAGUUUAGGACAGAAGCUACUCGUGAUAGUGCUGUGGUUAUCAUGAAUAGCAUCAAUCUUGUAGAUUGCUUCCUUGAUGCUAAUAAGUGGAUGGAGCUGUUUCCUUCUAUUGUUUCUAGAGCCAAAACUGUUCAAGUUAUUCAAGCAGACCCCUCUGGUCAAGCAAAUGGUUCUCUUCAGCUGAUGUAUGCCGAAUUGCAAGUUCUUUCUCCUCUGGUGCCAACUAGAGAAGCACAUUUUCUCCGUUAUUGUCAACAAAAUGCGGAGGAGGGAUGUUGGGCAAUUGUAGAUUUUCCCAUAGAUAGCUUCCAUGACAACCUCCAGUCGUCUUUUCCCCGAUACAAGAGAUUGCCCUCCGGUUGCCUUAUCCAAGACAUGCCCAAUGGAUACUCAAAAAUUACAUGGGUAGAACAUGCAGAGAUAGAGGAGAAGCCUGUCCACCAAAUAUUGAGCCACUAUGUCUACAGUGGUAUGGCUUUCGGGGCGCAACGCUGGCUUGCAAUCUUACAAAGGCAGUGUGAAAGGGUUGCAAGUCUCAUGGCCAGAAAUAUAUCAGACCUUGGAGUGAUACCUUCCCCAGAAGCACGAAAGAAUUUGAUGAAACUGUCACAGAGAAUGAUAAGAACAUUUUGUGUAAACAUGAGCACCACCAAUGGGCAGUCAUGGACGGCUCUAUCUGAUUCCCCAGACGACACUGUCAGAAUAACCACAAGGAAGGUCACAGACCCUGGUCAACCCAUUGGUGUUAUUCUCAGUGCUGUGUCCACCACCUGGCUCCCAUAUUCUCACUUCCGUGUCUUCGAACUCCUACGGGACGAACAUCGCAGAGCUCAGCAGCUUGAUGUUCUUUCCAAUGGGAAUUCCUUGCACGAAGUGGCUCACAUUGCCAAUGGCUCUCAUCCUGGCAAUUGCAUUUCUCUUCUUCGCAUAAACGUAGCGAGCAACUCAGCACAGAACGUAGAGCUAAUGCUACAAGAGAGCUGCACCGACGAGUCGGGCAGCCUUGUGGUGUACACAACCAUGGACGUGGACGGCAUCCAAUUGGCAAUGAGUGGAGAGGACCCUUCCUGCAUUCCCCUCCUUCCUCUCGGCUUUGUCAUUGUCCCACUGCACCCUAUGGAAUCUACCUGCCCAACACCCAAUCACCUCACCUCAUCAUCGCCAGAUCAUCGUCAAGAAGACAGCACUGCCACCACCACCACGACCAGCAAUGUUAUCAACUCAGGUUGUCUGCUGACUGUGGGACUCCAAGUCCUUGCCAGCACAAGUCCUUCCGCAAAACUCAACCUCUCCAGCGUCACCGCCAUUAACAACCAUCUCUGCAACUCGGUGCAGCAGAUUAUCUCCGCUCUCAGUAGCGGCAGCGACACGUGCAUUGCCGCUGCUACAACUGAGAAUGGCAGCGUUGGUGGCGGCGCCUCUUGCUCCGACCCAACUGCUUCCAGCCCCAGGCAAUAG